CAGUAUGAUUUAAGCAAAUUCUGCCCUUAUAAUACAGUUCUGUUUGAUCAUAGUGACCCAUCUAUCAAUACUGUGUUGACCGCACCAACUGAUAAACCUGGACUGGCAUUGCUUGAUUUUGUCAUUUUCCCACCCAGAUGGCUGGUUGCUGAGCAUACUUUCCUUCCUCCAUAUUAUCAUCGCAAUUGCAUGAGUGAAUUUAUGGGCCUUAUUCAUGGUGGCUAUGAGGUAUAUCAUAUCAAAUUUUGUCUUUUAAUCGCUGUUUGUGGGAAGCACGAAGGAUUUGCAUCUUAAUGGUAGUUUUUUUGGUAAUAUGGGAAAAGAGCAGGAUUAGUUUUGGGUCAGUUGAGACAAAAUUUUGUCUUCUCUAGUGUUGUGACUAACACAUUUGUUUUUGAGGCCAACGCUGAUGGAUUUCUUCCCGGUGGUGCAAGUCUCCAUAAUUGUAUGACUCCCCAUGGUCCUGAUACAAAGUCAUAUGAGAUUUCUAUUUUCACUGCACUUGCUACCAAAUCCGCAAGGAAACCAUCCCCAAAUGCUAAAGCACUGGGCUUUGACCCAUCAUCAUUUCUCAGUGUCUUCACAAAAUAUCAACAUGGCUGCUGUCACCUUCGUGCAGAAUUCACCUCAUAUUAUCAGUUUUUGGAUAGUCAUAUAAUCCCAUCUCUCCCAUACUCCAUCUAUCAGUACUAUAUGCAAGAGUCAAAGGGAAAUGAAGGGGCAAAGGAACUUUGGCAUGAGCCUUGGUAAGCAAGGUUAAGGUAGGACAUGGUUGAGAUUAGAAAGGUUUUGAAGGUAAAAUAUGAGAAGGAAAUAGCUGACAUAAUACAAGAUCUAUUGCUCCUUAUUUCGGCAUCUGCUCCCAAUAUGCAGCAACGAAACUUGUUGGGAACAAUUGCUUUCUGAGUUUCUUUAGUGAGUGACAUGAACUUUAAAACUCGUUUAGCUUAGCUAAUAGUCGUAGUUGUAGCAUAUAGUCAUAUAAUGUAUUGGGACAAUGUAAAAACGAUGUCUCUAUGAAACAAAGCAAUUUUGCCAUCUUUAAA